AUGGCUCAUAAGAUCUCCUGCACUAAACUUCUUCCUCUCCUAGUCCUAUCAGGACUUCUAUUUCCUGGAACUGUAAAGUCUGCACUUUCCAGUGGGUUAAUCGCUUCAGGUUGCUUCGAAAGUGAAAGAGAAGCACUCGCCAAGUUGAAAGGUGGCUUCACGGAUCCUUCAGGCCGGCUUGCUUCAUGGGUCGGGAAAGAUUGCUGCCAAUGGAGAGGAAUUGUAUGCAGCAACCUGACUGGGCGAGUCAUUGAGAUUAAUCUCCACAACCCAUAUGUGGAUGAUAAUCUAAGCGGCGAUCUCAAGCCAGGACAAGCGCUGGGGGGUGAGAUCAGUCCUUCUCUGCUUGAUGUAAAAGAGUUGAAGUACUUGGAUUUGAGCAUGAACAAUUUUGGAGGCACCAAACUCCCAGGUUUCAUCGGUACCCUAAAGCAGCUGAGAUACCUCAAUCUGUCGGGUGCAUCUUUUGGUGGAACAAUCCCUCUGAGUCUCAAAAAUCUUUCGAGACUGCAGCAUCUGGACCUCAGCAAUUCUUUUGCCGAAUCAAACCGAAAUGAUCUUCUCUGGCUUCCUGGCCUUUCUUCCCUUAGAUAUCUUAAUCUUGGAGCCAUUGAUCUCAGUAAAUCCGCCGAUCAUUGGCUUCCAGCUAUCAAUUCGCUACCUUCUCUCACAGAGUUGCGCUUGCCCAACUGUUUCCUCUCAAAACUUCCUCUUUCUCUUCCAUUCAUCAACGUCACAUCGCUUGAGGUCCUUGAUCUCUCGAACAAUGACUUCAACUAUGAGUUUGCUAAUUUAGCAUCCCUCCAAGAACUCGACAUGUCCCAGAAUUCGUACCUCAAAGGUCGGCUCCCGAAAUCCUUGGGGAGCUUAUGUGAUUUGAGUGUCCUAAAGCUUUCUGUCAAUAGAAUCGCUGGUGAUAUAACUGAUUUUAUCAAUGGGUUUGCUCGAUGCAACGAUAGCCAGUUGGAGAAUCUGGACUUGGGGAACAAUCAGUUGUCUGGUAAUCUGCCAGAUUCUCUAGGAAACCUGAAGAAGUUAAGGUAUCUCCAAUUUUCGUUUAAUUCAUUUCAAGGUUCUAUUCCACGGACGAUUGGAAACUUGUCGUCUUUGAAAGAGUUUUAUGUUGCCAACAAUGGGAUGAGUGGGAUUCCUGAAAGUUUUGGGCAACUGUCGGCGUUGGUCGCGGUGGAUCUCUCUAAGAACUUGUGGGAAGGAGUCGUGACGGAGCGCCACCUGGCAAAUCUCUCGAGCCUUACGGAUCUUGACUUGGAUAAAGUGUAUCUAAACAUUUCCUUGGCAUUUAACAUAGCCCCCAGUUGGAUUCCUCCCUUCAAGCUUGGGUACCUGAACAUCAGGGCUUGCCAAUUGGGUCCUGAGUUUCCUACUUGGCUCAGGAAUCAAAACCACCUCAAGACCAUUGUGUUGCGCAAUGCUAAGAUUUCAGGAACCAUACCCGAUUGGUUCUUCCAGUUGAAUCUGCAAUUAGAUGAACUAGACGUCGCGUAUAAUCAACUCACUGGCAAGCCGCCCACCUCUCUGACAUUUGUAGACUCUGUCCUUGUCGACUUGAGUGUGAACUCUUAUGAAGGUCCUCUUCCUACGUGGUCUUCCAACGUGACAACACUGUAUCUCAGAGAUAAUCGCUUCUCCGGUCCCAUUCCUCCGAACAUUGGCGAACUCAUGCCUUACCUGACAGAUUUAGACAUAUCUCAGAAUGCCCUAAAUGGUACCAUUCCCUCGUCCAUUGGGAAUAUGGCCAAUUUGACAACCUUGGUCAUCUCCAACAACUACCUAUCCGGAGAAAUACCCCGGUUCUGGAGCAACUUGUCCUUGCUGUAUAUUCUUGACACAUCGAGCAAUGGCCUUUCAGGUCCAAUACCAAGCGAGGUCGGCUUUCUUUCCUUUCUCAAGUUAUUGAUUCUCAGUAACAACAAUCUCUCUGGCAAACUUCCAUCCUCCUUGCGAAACUGCAGCUCUUUGGACAGUCUCGACCUAGGUGAGAACAAGUUCUCGGAAAAUAUUCCCGCAUGGAUUGCAGAGAGCAUUCCUUCGUUGCUGAUUUUGCGUCUGCGGUCCAAUUCAUUUACCGGGAAAAUUCCUCCUCAGAUAUGCCGUCUUUCGAAUCUCCACAUAUUAGACCUCUCUCACAACAGCUUGUCAGGAUCAAUUCCGCUGUGCAUUGGAAACUUAACAGGCUUGAAAGUGGAGCUCACGGAUGCCGACACAGAGAGGUACGAGGGACGCUUGACCGUGGUGGCCAAAGGACGGUUUGUUGAAUAUGACGAAAAGAUUCUUUACCUCGUCAACAGUUUGGAUCUCUCGGACAACCGCUUGUCUGGGGAGAUUCCUGAAGCGAUAACGAACCUCGUGAGGUUGUGGACCUUGAAUUUGUCCAUGAACCAUCUCACUGGAAGAAUACCGAUCGACAUUGGGAAGUUGGAAGGGCUAGAAACUCUCGACUUAUCGAGCAACAAUAUCUCGGGACCACUUCCUCCGAGCAUCACCGCUUUAACAAAGCUGAAUCACUUGAAACUGUCAUACAACAACUUGUGGGGGAGAAUCCCGACGGCCAACCAGUUCCAAACCCUCAACGACCCAUCGAUUUACGAGGGCAACGUCGGCCUCUGUGGGAUUCCAUUGCCAGAGUUAUGCCCGGGAGACGAGAAACAGCCACAAUCUCCUGACGAUGGCAUCGGAAACACCAAGAGCAAAGACGGAGGCGAUGAUCUCGAACGUUUGUGGCUCUUCCUGAGCACUGGGCUCGGUUUCUUUGUCGGGUUCUGGGGUGUCUGCGGCCCUUUGAUGGUAAAGAAGUCCUGGAGAGAGGCUUACUACGGUUACAUCGACAGAAUGAAGAACAAGCUAAUUGUUGCUGCAUUCAUCGCACGUCGGACGGACUAGUAUGCAAGCAUGUAUUCAGGGAUUUGACUCAGGGCUUCCUAUCAUUAGACCUUUUAUGGAUGUUGUAGCUAAGCAUAGGGAACAUACUCCACAUGUUUCUGGCAUAAUAAAACGAGCCCUGGGCAGUAAGAGAAGACUGAAUUCUA